UCAUAAGCCUAAACAGAUACUUUUCAAAGCACCUUGCAAAAGUUUGCUGAAUUAGAAUCAGAAUCUUGAGAGACUCAGAUAACAUGGCAAUUGGUUUCAUGGAGGUGCAUCUUGUCAAAGCAAAGGGCCUGCAUAACUCUGAUAUCAUAGGUGAAAUGGACCCCUAUGUUCUGAUACAAUACAAAGACCAAGAACAAAGGAGCAGUGUUGCCAUUGGCCAGGGAAAAAAUCCAGUAUGGAAUGAGAAAUUCAUGUUCAAAGUAGAAUACCCUUUAUCAAAUCAUCAACACAAGAUCAUCUUCAAAAUUAUGGACCAAGACUUAUACACAGAUGACUUUGUUGGAGAAUCCAUGUAA